CUCUGCGCGCAGGGAUCCCUGUGGGGAAGGGGUGAUCCGCCCCGGUUUCUCUGGCAACCGCGCGAGCGUCUAAGAUGGCGGCUCUAUUGCCGGUGGUUCUGUACGAGGAGAACGGGCAGGCGCCGGCGCCCAGCAAGGACUUCUACCAGCUGCAGGUCUGCCGCGGCGAGGUUAUCAUGAGAUGGUGGAAAAUCUCCCUCAGAAGUGAAUUUCGUAACACAAAACCUGGGGAGCUGAAAGAAUCUCAUUUGGACUUUUUGGAUGACGCCUCGAUGCAAGCUCAGAUUGGCAUCAUCUUUGGACAGAAAAUCUUGCAGUAUGUGAUUAAUCUAUGCCAAGGGCAGUAUGACUUCUUGGAACGUCUUCCUGAGCACUUGAUGCUGUACAUCCUGACCUUUCUGGGCCUAGAGGACAUUGCUCAGCUUUCCCAGGUGUCUCAUACAUUUCAAAAGAUUGUGAGAGAAAACCGGAGUACCCGGAGGAAACCCGCGCAAAUCUGCAAUUCGGAAAAACUGUGGGAACAGAUUGUGGUGAGAUCCUGUGACAGCGUCACCCCAGAGAUGAGGUCUCUUGCACAGAACAUUGGCUGGAAGCAAUUCUUUUUCACUAACAAACUGCAACUUCAGCUCCAGCUCCGCAGAUGGAGAAAGAGACAGGAGGACAGUCAGGACCCCCAGGACCCCCUCCACUCACUGGAUGAGCCUUUGGCAGAGAGGCCAUUAGAGCAAUAGGAUAAUUACACUAGGUAUCAGUUACAAGAAAAUGUGAACUACACAAGUAAAUGAACCCAGGCCAUUCUCCUGCUUACCAUUUUGCAAUAAUAUAUAAGAACCAUGAGAAUUGUAAUAAGUCAGCAUAAUUUGCAGCCCUCUCACAUACCCAGCUGGUACAGACUUACUGUAGGUGCUAAAAAAAUAACAAAAAGUGAAAUACCUGUAGUGUACGGUAGUGCCAAUCUUACCCAUGCAUAAACAUUGCCGAUGGUCCGCAUAAGAUUAUUACUUGUGUAGAUAUACUGGCUUUACCAAUGCAAUUAAGUAGGAAUUAAAAAUACAGUUUAUCAGAGUUUACAUAUUUAUUUUUGUAUUGCCUAACAGUUACUAGACAUGUGCUAGUAUUUGGUAUUACAGGUUGAGUAUCCCUUAUCCAAAAAGCUUGGGACCAGAGGUAUUUUGGAUAUGGGAUUUUUCCGUAUUUUUGAAUAAUUGCAUACCAUAAUGAGAUAUCAUUGCGAUGGGACCUAAAUCUAAGCACAGAAUGCAUUUAUGUUACAUAUCCACGAUAUACACACAUCCUGAAGGUAAUUUUAGCCAAUAUUUUUUAUAACUUUGUGCAUUAAACAAAGUGUGUGUACAUUCACACAAUUCAUUUAUGUUUCAUAUACACCUUAUACACACAGCCUGAAGGUCAUUUAAUACAAUAUUUUUAAUAACUUUGUGUAUUAAAUAAAGUUUGUGUACAUUAAGCCAUCAAAAAACAAAGGUUUCACUAUCUCACUCUCACUCAAAAAAGUCUGUAUUUCGGAAUAUUCCGUAUUUCGGAAUAUUUGGAUAUGGGAUACUCAACCUGUAUAUCAUUUCAUAAUGGAGGAAACACAGCCAUCUUAUGACUAAGGAUAUGAUUAGUGGUUACAGCUGACAUAUGCUCUGAUGCUAUUUGAAAUAUUUUCCUUUUUGUAGAAUUGAAUUUGAUACAAUAAAAUAAAAAAAUAUUUCUAAUGUAA